AUCAUACGGAAGCAAGAGUGAGGGAGAGUACCAAAAUUUGUAGUGCCACACUCUCGUAAGGGCUCAUGGUUUAUGGUUACUGUUUGUAAGGGAGUGUGGCCCUACAAAGUUGGUACUCUCCUUCACUCUUGCUCCCGUCUGAUGGCACACGUAGAACAAGCUUGGAAAACGACAAAAGGACGCGAGUCCAUGACGUAGUAAAGUCGGCCAUAUUGCGCUUUGCAUAUUUGAUAUAUAUAUAUAUAUAUCGCACUCAGAAUAGAAAAACCAUAACCUCGUUAUAGAAUUUUCUUAUACAUUUUGGAGCAGUGCAUCGCAUUAUACUUAUACGGAUUUUUCUACGGCCAAAGUAUAUAUCAGUGUGCAGUCAUGUCGUAAUAAAAGCCGGAAUCGACUUUGCAUCUUUUAUAAGAAAUUUCGCUGUACGUUAUUUUCGUAAAUUUAUAUGCUGUAACGGUAUAAAUAUAGGUAUAGAUACAGUGGAACUAUUUGACAUCAAUUCAUGCAAACAAGUUUUUAGAAAUAAAUGGCUGGCAAAAUUGUAAUGAAAGAAUUAUCAUGAUGGCCAUCAUGGUGCUGUGAAUUUUUGCUCAGUUAUUUCUAUGGCAUUCGGUAAACAUUGUUUCCGCAAAGAGUAACUACUUUUAGAGCUCAACAUUUUUCAAAGACCAAUAUGAUUGUGAUAUUACGAUUAGGAUUACAAAAUAUAAGGAACAAAUUGUAAAUAGAAUAUACUGCUUCACAUAGCAAACCGACAUUAAAAAGUAUUAUUUUUUUAUAUCAGUAUUUCCUUUGAUUGAUACAAUUUUACAACAUGCAAAUGAAUUUACUGCAAGAAGUGUACAAUGGUAACAUAGAACGUAUAAAAGAAAUAAUAGAGAAAGAAAGUGUACCAAUUGACAGCAAAUGGUCAGAUUACAUGCUUUUGAGGUAUGCUCUUUGGCGGGAACAAAAAGAAAUUGCUAAAUUGUUGAUUGAAAAAGGCUGUAGAAUAAAUAAAACGACUAAAUCUUCGUCGAAUACACCACUUCACAUUGCUGUCAAACAGGAAGAUGUUGAAAUUGUGAAAAUUCUCUUGAACAAGGGAGCUUCGGUAGAAUCUAGGAAUCACAAUGGUGAAACACCAUUGCACUUUGCAGCUAAAACUAAAAAUGACGAAAUUAUUGACUUAAUACUUACGAAAAUAAAUAGUACUGUAAAUGCUAAUUUCGUAGAGAGAGGUGGUUUAAGGAAAUUACAUAUUGCAUGUAUGAGAAAUGAUCCAAGUGCUACGGAAAAUUUGUUGAAAUCUGGAGCAUCAAUAAAUGAUCCUGUUGUUUUGACUUCACCAUUUUGGCCUAGUUACACACCUCUGCAUUUUGCAGUGGAAUAUGAGCGCACAGACAUUGUAGAGUUACUCUUGCAAUAUGGUGCAGACAUAGGAGCAACUAACUCAAAAGGCUUGACACCACUUCACCUGGCUGUAGAAAUAAAUAAUAUAGGUAUCAUUGACUUAAUUUUAGCAGCACAUGCGAAUUUCCAUAAAAAUAUCAACCCCAAAGAUCACAGAGGAUUUUCACAUUUUCACACUGCCUGUAUGAGAAAUGACGCAAGUGUUGUUGAAGGUUUUCUUCAACGUGGUGUUGAAAUCAACAUAACAGUGAAUACAGAUUCUGUGCUUUGGUCUGGUUACACACCCUUGCAUUUUGCUGUUCAACAUGACUGCACUGAGAUAGUACAGCUGCUCCUAAAUUUUGGAGCAGACAUUAGUGUGAAAAAUUCUAAAGGAAUGACUCCACUGCACUUUGCUAUUCAGAGUCAGAAUAAGAAAAUAAUCGACGCAAUCCUAUCUGCACAUCGUACCUGUUAUAAAAAUAUCAAUCCUAUCGAUGAUAGAGGAUUCUCUCAUUUUCAUGCCGCUUGUAUGAGAAAUGAUCCAAGCAUUGUGCAAGGUUUUAUACAGAAUGGUGUGGAGAUUAAUUGUCCUGUGAACGCGGAUUCCCCAAAUUGGCCAAACUAUACCCCUUUGCACUUUGCAGUGGAAAACAAAUGUGUAGAAACAGUUGAGCUGCUUCUGAUGCAUGGUGCUAACGUAAGUGCAAGGGAUAACAAGGGAAUGACACCCCUACAUUUAGGAAUUAUUCAUCGUUAUGAAAGAAUUGUGGAGAUGCUGUUGAACAGUGGAUCUGAUGGAAAUGUUAAAACAAAAACUGGGAUGACACCUCUGCACAUGGCUGUGGAAAGAGGUAUUUUUGAAAUUGUUGAAAUUCUGGUCCAGCAUAAUGUAGAUGUAAACUCAGUUGAAAACCUAAAAUUGUCCACCCCAUUACAUCUUGCAUCUCUCUACAGACAUUUUAAAAUUGUUGAUCUACUUUUAAAAUCUGGAGCUGAUGUGAAUGCACGGGAAAGGGAUGGAAAAACGGCACUUCAUACAAUGGCUUUACGAGAUCCCAAAAGGGAACUAGACAUGGAAUUAGUGAAAUCGUACAGUGACAUAAUAACUGCACUUUUGGAAUCUGGCUGCGAUGUUGAUUCACAAGAUUCUUAUGGAAGAACACCUUUGCACAUGAGUUGCUUAUAUCGUAAUUUAGCAGGUGCCUAUGCACUUCUUUAUCACGGGGCCGACAUAAAUAUUGAAGAUACUAUUGGCAAGACUCCUAUAUGCUAUUGCAUGCAUGUAUUCCACAACAUUUACUACAUCUUCCAGGAUCACAUUGAAAAGCUCAGGUUCAUUAAUUUUCCUGUGAGUGAAAAAAAUGAGAGCUGUGUCUUAAAGUUGAAAGGCACUUACAAAAGGUUAAAGAGAAAAUGGAAAGACGUCGAGCGUGAUGACGAAUUUUCUACAAUUUGUGCGGAUGAACUGAAUAGAAUGAAAAGUGUGAGAAUAGAUAAUUAUUCGUCAUUGUAUAAUAUUAUAUUCAAAGGCGCUAACGAGAUGGCGUCGCACGUCAGAAAUGAAACCCUCAAACAAAUUGUGGAAUCGAGUGACUUUGAUAAAACGUUUUAUUUGUACGGCUAUUUAAUUAAGUUACAAAUCAAGAGAGGUUUAGCGAGAGAAAAACUGAUGAAGCCAGCUUUAGAGGCUCUAGAAUCUAUAACUGGAAUAUCUUUACCUGCUGGAUGCGCUGAAACGAUUUUGAAAUAUUUAAUCAAUGAUGAAUUAAAGGAUUUAAUCCGAGCUAAAUUAUGAUUUAGGAACGAGUACAAAUAAAAUUUAUAGUUUCAUGGAUGAAAAAUCUUCUUUUUUAGCUCGUCUAUAUAUACAUACCAUGUACAUAAAACAUUAUAAAUCAAUUUAUUGAAUGAAUGAAAUUUAUUACGACGUUUUGCAGUUUUUAAAAAUUUGAUGAAUUUGUAUACAUAUAAAAGUAAGAUUUUUAAGUUUUCAUACAGCAGGUGCAUAUGAAGAAAUAUAAUUUGAGUACAGGUCUUGGUCGUACUAUUCUCGUCGGAAAAAUUUAAUUUGUAGUUAUUCGCAAAUCAUGAUCAAGAAAAAAUUUUUUCUUAUAUUUUGAAAAUUAUUAUACAUGGGUUCUACAAAAUGUAAAGAACAAACAAAUUAUUCUACUACAUCAUGACUUAAGAGUUUAAAUUUUGAACGAAUCAAGAAAAAAUGAUAAGACUUAUAGAUUUAUUUCAGAUAAAUAAAAUUACUGGAUUAAAUAAUACACAAUUUAUUUAUCACAUUGAAUUCUAGAAUAAUCUGUAAUAGAAAGUAUGUUUCUUUAAAAUAAAGAAAUCAAUUUGUUUUGUAAUGUUUAUAUUGUAAUAUUUUAAUAAAGAAUAUACUAUUAUUUUUAUGUACAUCAAAAAU